UCUUUUUACUGAGAAACAGUUCUGUAGGAAACCCCGAGUUAGGUCAUCAGUGACUACACUUUCUACUCUGAAUUCACAAUUUAAAAAUGAAACAGGACAUAAUGGUGAAAUUUAAACAAAUCUGUCGGUGGUACUUGUAUGUUAAUUUUUAGUGACCCGGUAAAUGUUCAACCAUUAAUCUUAAGUAACGCGCGCUCUGUUUUGAUCACACAAUAGGGCUGCGUGUAAGCACUGAUAGAAUCUGCUCGUCGCGAUGAAAAUAAUUUUGGAUUUUCUAACUCGUCUGUGGAUUACUGUCAUGAAUUAUUUAUUUCCCAAAAAGAUAAAGGAGAGAAAACGAACGCUGUCGGUUGAGGAAACUAUUAUUUCAGAGCAAGCCGCUUUUCUGUGUCAGAAAUACAUCGAAGCAAGAUUCACGCGAUCAAAUUUGUGCUACUACAACCCGAAGAGCCGGAAGAGAGACGGAGAGCCCACAAUUGCAUGUUCCGAGGAUGUAGUCAACACAUUGAACGAAAUGGGCGCUUUGCUUGAGAAAAGCUACCCAAAACUCUAUAACAACGUUUUGGAUCAACUAAACUGGCGGAUAAACCUUGCUAUUCUCGUUUGUAACAUGUUCAAUCGCGUCUCCGAGCAAAUUAUAGCUUCUGGCGUGAACUGGGCUCGGAUUAUCGCUGUUUACGCUUUCGCCGGCGCACUAGCCUACGAUUUAACACAGACAGGAGACACAAGAUUCAUCCGAUGUCUGUCGAGGUGGAUGGGUCAUUUCUCCGCUAGACGUUUGAGUCCGUGGAUCAGACAGAAUGGAGGAUGGAAAGGCCUUGUGACACAUUUCAAGGAAGAGGAACAGUCAGUAAUGGGCUCGUUAAGUAGAUGGCUUUCAGGGAGUCAACCAGGAAAGGAGCAACCCUAGUCUGAAACAGUCUCUUCGAGAGGUUCAUGACACGAAUACAGUACGGGAAGGAGGACCAAAAAACUUAGUUCAGUUUUAGUGCAAGUCAGUGGCAACUUCAAAGUGAACCUCUAAAUACAUGGAGCGCGAAUUUUCAAAGACGAGUGUCACUUGCACCAAUUGAAUGGCACGGUGAUAUCAAUCAAGUUUUGAGGUCAGCGGUGGAUAUGAGUCGCCAGCACAGGGAACUUUACCAGUUUACGUGGUUAAGUAACGGAAACGCAAGUUAUC